AUGGCGGACGAAGAUGAUGAAAGUGAACUUUUGCGGGCUUUUGGAGGUUUGCCUACAGGAGAAUCAGAAMGACGRGAAACGUGCAAGCGAUGCARGCGCCCGGCUUCAACUUGUUUGUGYCCACAUCUUCCCGAAACUUUUCUYGAUAUCAGAACCAACAUCCACGUAUUGCAGCACCCUAAAGAGGAGUCUAGAUUGCUGACUACAGUUCCCAUAAUACAAGCAUGUGUGAARCCAARUAAAUGCCAAAUCUACAGAGAACGUAGAUUCAACAARAUAGAUUUUCCUGAGCUUCACAAAGUUCUUGAACAACCCAACUCACUCCUUUUAUAUCCAGGCCCAAGGGCUGUUGAUGUUAAAUCAGUGGACCUUUCACUUUACCCGAACUAUAACCUUAUCGUGAUUGAUGGGACCUGGAGACAAGCAAGAAACAUCUUCUAUUGUAAYCCUUUUUUGUCUGGUAUGAAGCAGGUCAUUGUGCAGCAUGAUACCAUUAGUGAAUACGUCAUUCGUACUCAACCAACAAAYAAGAGCCUUUCAACUGUAGAAGCUGUGGCUUUGACAUUGUCUAUAUUAGAAGAGGAUGAUGGUAUUUAUAAGGAUAUGGUAAAACCCUUGAAGGCCUUGUGCCAAUUUCARUUGGACUGUGGAGCCGUGGUACAUUGUAGCAAAGAAGAAAAAGCAAAAGAAAUUAUGCAAGAAAACUGUGAAGAUAGCAAUAAUGUUUCAAGAAAGAAGAGACGAAGGCGAAGAAGACGGCAGMGAUUAAGACAUGGACAAGUUACCGAUGAASAAACAGAAAAUGGACUAGUUUACCAUGAAACCAAAGAKGCAUGUAAUUCACAAUACACMGACGGCGURUCAUGACGAAAGUAGACGGAWCGGAGGAUAUAUGGAUACKCAAGACUUCAUGCUUACCUUACAUUCAUGUACGUACAUAWAUAUACAGAAUAAGGGACAUAUACGGAACACACCUGMAAAACGCAACAGAUUUACGCAAUGUGGGAAUUUAUUUUUAAAAUUGGACGCUAUUUGGAUAAACAACGCGAGUUUUCAUCACUGGUCGAGUUUUAAUGUAAAUCCGAUCGCAGAAGCAGACCCAGUAAAUUUUCUUCUUGGAUGGGAGGAUUGGAWGGAAGGGGGAACAAAAAGGGAGUUGGAAAGAUUGUUCAAAUUCGAAAAAACUUUAAUAUAAAUAUAGUGUUGUCAAAUGGUGUGAAGCAUGCUUCYCUCAGAUCUAGCCUCUGAAUUCAACACAACGUGUUAUUCAGUGACAAUCUAAAUACGUUAUCUAUGAAAUACGUAAAUCCUUACGUUAAUUUAAGAACGUAUUACGUAAAAGUGUGUGGUUUCAAAAGCAUCCUUUUACGAUCGUUUAUGCGUCCAUUUGUUUUUUACUUUUUUUAUUUUUUUUCCAACCAGUUUGUGCAAUCUAGAGUACAUUCAGUGUAUCCGCCCUUUUAUUUACCAUCCAUGUGGGAUAUUGUUGUUAGUAAACAUAUUGGAGCAUGCGCAUA